AUGUUCUCCCAUUUUGUUUUACUCAAAACAUCCAUUCGGACUACUUUAGCACUCAUAGACAAACCCAUUGAAGUACUAUCACCAGAAGAAUGGGUUAUAGCAUCAGAAAUUACUACUGCCUUACAACCGAUGAAAGAGAUAACGGACCACAUAAGUGAAGAUCCUUCAGGUGGUACAGUUGAAAUGAGUAGUGAUACUCCUUCGACAAGUUCCACUCUUGUAACAAAGAAGCUCGCUGCAUUUAAUACAUACAGACGAAUUGCAGCUAAUUAUAAGCCAGCUGGGAUCCCGAUGGCAAGGGCCAUCACAGAAGUACAACGUUACCUGGAGGAACCGCUACCAUGUGACCGGUUCACCAUGUGAAAAUAGCGACCCGCUGAAAUGGUGGAGGGAACAUUCCUACAAUUUUCCAUUUCUGUCAAAAAUUGUUUGACAAAAAUUUUGCACAGUGGUAACAUCAGUGCCAUGUGAAAGGGUUUUUUCUAAAACCGGCAAUAUUUUAAACGAAAGGAGGACUCGGCUGUCCUCAGAAAAAGUAAAAAAGCUUGUUUUUUUGAAAUAUAAUUCUGAAAUAUAUAAUAAGGCACUAAAAGAAUAAAAUAUAUAUCGGCACAUAUUUAAUAUAUAUUUUAAUGUCCAGUAACUAGUAUCAAUCCAAUGCUUAAUUUAAUAAGAUAUAUAUAAAAGAUAUUUACAUUAAUAUUUACCUGUUAGCUACUUAUUUUAA